UUAGCAAAUCUUACACAUACAUCAAGUUGACUAAUCUACUACGUAUUGAAUUUCCCCGAAGCUAUUAGUCAGCACAGUCGUACUUAAGCUCUCCUAAAAAUACUUCCCCUGCAUCCGAAGACAUUCAACUAUUCUUCGUAAAAGCUCACCAUGCAGACAAUCAAAGUUAAUGGAAAGGAGAUCGGUACCUUCGGUUUAGGCCUUAUGGGCCUUACUUGGAGACAAAACGUCAUCCCAGAUGAACAGGCUUUUGAGUUGCUGAAUUAUGCCAUUAGCCGAGGUGUGAACUUUUGGAAUGCCGGUGAAUUCUACGGUAUUGACCCUAUUGAGGCCAACUUGGAUUUGUUGGCUAGAUACUUCACAAAGUAUCCAGAGAAUGCCGAUAAAGUAUUCAUUUCCGUUAAAGGUGCCACAGAUCCCCAAACAUUGGGACCUUGUGGAGACCGUGCUAGCGUGACAAAAAGUGUCAACAAUGUUUUAAAACAUCUUCGUGGGGUCAAGAAACUCGAUUUGUUUGAGUGUGCCCGUGUGGAUGCUCGUGUGCCCAUUGAGGAAACUAUGCAAGUGUUGAAGGAGUUUGUCGAUGAAGGAAAGAUUGGCUGUAUUGGACUUAGUGAAGCUUCGGCUUCUAGCAUUCGUAAGGCCAACAGCAUUCUUCCUAUCGCAAUGGUCGAAACAGAAUACUCCAUGUGGUCCCUUGAUAUUGAGCAAAACGGUAUCUUGAAGGCUUGCGCCGAGCUGAACAUUCCUAUUGUUGCUUACUCUCCCUUCGCAAGCGGUUUCUUAACGGGUACCAUUAAGACAGAAGAGGACUUGAAAAGGGCUGCAGAGAGCCAGAACAAAACUAUGCUUGACCGUUUCAAGCCAGAGAACUUCCGUAAGAACAAGGUCUGCCUUGAUGCUCUUGAAGCUCUGGCCGCUAGCUUCAGCAUGACGUUAUCCCAAUUGGCGCUUUCAUUUGUUCUCUCUAACAAGGAGGCCGCAUUUGUCCCUAUCCCCGGCUGCACUACUGCUGCCCGUCUGAAAAGCAAUCUUGAUACUCUUGAUCAUCUUCUCAGCGAAGAGCAAUAUCAAAAAGUUCGGGACACUUUGGACCAGCAUCCUAUCCACGGCAAACGUUACAACGAGCAGCUUGAUAAGUAUCUGGCCAUUUAAGUUUUCUUUUUUUUUUGUAAAACGAUAUAGAAUUAAUGUACGAUGGCUGAACGCAAUGCUUAAUGUUUAUACCUUUAGAUUUGCAACCAGCUAUAUUAAU